UGACUGGAGUACUCAUGACCGUGGACUCCCACUGCUCAGUGGCCAUCUCUUCUCUCAGUCAGCCACAGUGCCCUCCUUCUUCCACUGACAUGCCUGCUGUUGAGAAAAGUAGUGAUCAAGAGCCUGCACAAGUUUCAGAUGCUAUAAUCGGAGGGGUUGUGGCAGUUGUUAUAGUUCUUAUCAUUGCUAUUACUAUUGCCAUUGUUGUCAUCAUUGUUGUUCUCAUCCUCAAGAAUCGCCGUGGAGAAGUUUCACUGAAGAACAAUUCUGACAAAAAGUCGGGAAGUGGUGAUAUUCACACCUCAACUAACGAGGCCUAUGGGAAGGUGGGGGGAGGGCAGAGAGAAGAGGGAUAUGAGCUGGUGGACAUCUCUCAUGGAGAACCUCCUCCUCCUCCAGCUAAACUGGAGGAGAUGUAUGAGGUUCCCUUGUCCUCUGCCCCUCCCCCCAGUCAGCCCCUCCCACCCAUCCCUCUCCCUCAUACUGAUGCUGACACUGUGGAGAAAGACACUGCUGUCUAUGAUGUCAUUCCUGGAGAUAUUUGACUCUACAUUCAUGUGCAAUGGUGUGACUUUUGACUGUAUAUACU